CUCGAGCUGAUCGACAGGCGCCCCCUGCAGUUUUCUCUUUACCCACAAUUCUGUGCGCUGCAAAAUGGCGGACUCCUCGGUCGAAAUCAUCGAAGGCUGCCGGCUUCCCGUGCUCCGAAAAAACCAAGAGAAUGAAGACGAGUGGCCGCUUGCUGAGAUCCUCAGUGUUAAAGAGCUGCCUGGGAGAAAGCUGUAUUAUGUGCACUAUAUUGACUUCAAUAAGCGUCUGGACGAGUGGGUGACUCCUGACCGUCUGGACAUGAAGAAGCUCCAGUUUCCCAAAAAGGAGGCCAAGACGCCGCCGAAGAACGGCCUGCCGGGGUCCCGACCCGGGUCUCCUGAGAGAGACGUGAGGAAGAGUCUAGAUCUCAGCGUUCAGUCUGCUUCAGCUCCUUCGAGAGGCAAAACCCUCCCCACACCGAAGAGGAAAGCGGAGUCGGUGUCUCUGGCCUCUCAGGUGAGCGCGGUGACCCCCGUGUCUUCUCUCCCGAGCUCUGCGGACGAGAGCCAGGCCUCGGUGUUUCCGGCUCUCAGAGACUCGUCCUUCAGCAUCACUCCUCGAGAGGAGCACCAGCCGCUCGCCGCUCUCACCACAAACGGCAGCACACGUCGCCUCAUUCCUCCUCAGCCGGGAAGAAAAAGGAAAACCUGUGGAGGGACGGACGAGAUGGUAAAGGUGUUCCAGAAUAACAGCCCUCGCUGCUCCAGCAUCUAUUUACCGCCAGGAGAGGACUCCCAGGACAGCUCCGAUGGCAUCCCAUCAGCCCCUCGCAUGACCGGCAGCCUGGUGUCGGACCGCAGUCACGACGACAUCGUCACACGCAUGAAGAACAUCGACUGCAUCGAGCUGGGCCGGCACCGGCUCAAGCCCUGGUACUUCUCUCCGUACCCGCAGGAGCUCACCGGCCUCCCCAUCCUCUACCUGUGUGAAUACUGCCUCAAGUACCUCAAGAGCCUCAAGUGUCUGCAGAGACACCUGACCAAGUGCAACCUCCGACACCCGCCGGGGAAUGAGAUCUAUCGUAAAGGAACUAUAUCCUUCUUCGAGAUCGACGGCAGGAAGAACAAGGCUUAUUCCCAGAACUUGUGUUUAUUGGCCAAAUGCUUCCUGGACCACAAGACCCUGUACUACGACACGGAUCCGUUCCUCUUCUAUGUAAUGACGGAGUAUGACUCCAAGGGUUUCCACAUAGUCGGCUACUUCUCCAAGGAGAAGGAAUCAACAGAAGACUAUAACGUGGCCUGCAUUUUGACAUUACCGCCUUACCAGAGAAGAGGCUACGGCAAACUACUGAUCGAGUUCAGUUAUGAGCUGUCGAAAGUGGAGGGGAAGACGGGCACCCCAGAGAAGCCUCUGUCUGAUCUGGGUCUGCUCUCGUAUCGCUCGUACUGGACUCAGACCAUCCUGGAGAUCCUCAUGAACCUCAAGCCAGACAACGGGGAGCGCCCACAGAUCACCAUCAAUGAGAUCAGUGAGAUCACCAGUGUCAAGAAAGAGGACGUGAUCUCAACUCUCCAGUACCUCAACCUCAUCAAUUAUUACAAGGGUCAGUAUAUCCUCACCUUAUCAGAGGACAUCGUGGAAGGUCAUGAGCGGGCCAUGCAGAAGAGACACCUCCGAAUCGACCCUAAAUGUUUGCAUUUCACUCCUAAAGACUGGAGCAAGAGGGGCAAGUGGUGAAGAGGCAGACUCGAGCUGUGAGAGAGGACAAACACAGCUGAACACAUCUGCAUGUUACCGGAUUCAGUCUUACACAGUCCACAGUUCUGUGUCAGUGUGUCCUCGUCUGUAGAACUAUUAAAAGGAAGAAGAAUACUGAUAUACCUCCCAAAUAUCAGUGUUCAAGCUCAAUGCCAUGUUUUAAUACUUGGACCAAAAUCGACAGGGUUCUGCACAGUUAUCUCUUUAUUAUGUAUAAGUUAUUAUAGAUUAGCACAGUGGCUAAGAGCACACAUUGUUUCUCAUUCAUAUUAUACGUUUGAUGUACAGCAUCCUUUGUAAAUAUAAUUUUCCUCCAGAUUUCUGUGAUUUUAAUAACAUCUGUUAAUAGUGGAAACUGUGACUUAGUUACGUUUAUGCAUGUCAUUCCUCUGCUUUUUUUUUUUUUUAAAACUAGCAAAACUGUCUUGGGUUAAAAGACAACAACAAAUCUUCUGUAUAGUUAGAAAUGAAAUUGUAGCUUUAAAGAUACAGUUUUAUAUAAUAUAAUAUACUUGUGAAGAUAUUUUCUGUUGUUUUAUAAUUUGUUUUACCCUCUGUUGCUGAAAAAGGUUUUGGUUUUUAGGUUUUGACUCUGUUGGGAUGGAAUGAAGCGUAAUGAUGUUUGAGGAACUUGUUCUCUGAGCACAGUUGUGGAUAUAAAAUGCAGAAAUGGU